AUGACAUGUGGCAUUUUUAAGAUCGCGUCCGUGGCUGACACGCAGCGCAUCCUGCACUGGUCUGUGGCAGAUUGUGUAGGAAAGGCAUCCACGAAAUUUUACAGCUACGUUUUGACUCUGUUGAUAAUCACUGAGCUGAGCAAUUAUAGAACACCGGUGGUGGUGCCCAAGCGAACGGCGAUGCUGCUGGACCGCAUCAUGACGGAGCUGCAGCACGCCAUGGGCGAGGGUGGCAGCGCGGCCGGCGGCGGCAGCGCGGGUCCCAGCAGCAGCAAGGCCCCCGUCGUCGACCUCCCGGACACGGACCUCCCAGAUAGAACCACUGCAGACAGCAGUAAUGCUCUAGCAGCUAAACGCAGACGCACUCGAUUUGAAUGCGAGUAUUUUCGUAAUUUGGAUUUUAGGCUUCGUUCUUCUGCAUUUGUUAUUCUAGAACAUUGUAACUUUAUGGAGCCGCGGCCCCAGCUGUACGGGUACAAUGUACAACGCCUUCGCAUACCAGAUAUGUUUAUGUCUUGGAGGGUGCCGAGCUGCCGACUGUCGAAUUCAAGACCUCUUGCAGGCGAUUUCCUCUCUAGUUCUGGAAUAUUCUUCUUGUGGAAUAUCCUUAAAGAGAAGAAUGAUGUGCAAGAAAUAUGCUGUGAACUAACAGAGGAAACUGGUGGUGGUAGAAGUAGGUCAGACUACAGGGCAAAAGACAUGAGAGAGCCAUGCAGUGUCCCACCUGGCCUGGGGUGCCCCUGCACUGGGACUCAAUACAGCCGAUCCAUGACUGGGGCCAGACAGAUUAAUAUACCUGAAAACAGCUGGGCAAGCUCAGUCUCUGUAGUAUUUCCUGAAAUCCCUCCAACAAAAAUGCGAUUUGGCACCAAUGUUCCAUAUUUUGGUGCAUUGUUUGAAGGUGGUUGUGUAUUAUUAGGAUUUACCGGAGAUGAUGGUGUUGAUGAAGCUGAGGAUCCUUCAGUUGUACAGGUGCUGGCUGGAGACUGA